AUGAAUACGGACGGGAAAGAGUUGACGAAUCUCGAAACGAAGCUAACGCAGCUGGAAAUCGCAACAGAGAAGUCAAAAACAUUGCUGAGCUCAGGUAAGCGAGUAGCAAUUAAGCGACACCUCGACGCGUUACAAACAACGGCCAACGAGGCCAAUGAGUGCAGACGCACUGUUGAGGCAUUUAAAAUCACAAACAAAGAAGAGCUUUCAGAAAUCAAAAAAUGGAACGAUGACUUAGAUUUAAAGUUUGAGCCCGCUGACGCGGCUAUUCAAAACCUAGAACAUUUUCUUGCUGAGGCCAAAAAGGCCGAAAAGUUUGUGACGCACGAGGAAGAGUUAAAGCAUGAAAUGAUACUGCAGGAAAAGAGAAUGGAAAUGCAAGCCGAACUGUCUUCUGCCUCGUCUUCAGCCCCCAAACAUCAAAAGGAAUGUAAAGAAUCCAAAGUAUUUUCGGCUGGGACUGCAAAAUUACCCAAACUCGUUAUCGCAAAGUUUGGUGGCUCUUUUACUGACUGGCCAAAGUUCUGGGGACAAUUCACUGAAGCGAUUGACAAAAGUUUGUUAGCGCCAAUAACGAAGUUUACGUAUCUGUUAGAGCUGCUUGAACCAAACGUAAAACGCGGUGUCGAAUCUCUUCCAUUUAGCCCUGAAGGGUAUAAUAGAGCAAAAGUAAUUUUGAAAGAUAAAUACGGCAAAGAGUCAGAAAUAGAGAAAUGCUAUGUGAAGGAAAUUUUGGAUUUACCAAACAUUCCGGGAGCCAAUCCCCGUAAGAUCGCUAACUUUUGUGAUAAACUUACGCAUUCAGUUCAAGCGCUCGAGACAAUGGGCAAACUUAGUAAUGUUAAUAAUGGGAACGUGUCAAUGACCCUUGAUAAACUAUCGGGAAUUCGGGGGGAUUUGGUGCGCAACGACCCUGAGUGGGAUGCCUGGGAUUUUAUCAAACUAACUGAUGCCGUGAAUCAAUGGGUAAAGAGAAACCCCGUAACUAGCUCUGGAGAGGAACAGGAGGCGAACAAUGCAAGAAAACUCUUCCAUUCUCAAAAUCAGCGAUUUGUGCCCAGGGGAUGUGUUUACUGCGGUGAUUUGAACCAUAAAGCCGUCCAAUGUGAAAAAGUCAGUGAUGUAGGCGAAAGAAAGAAAAUACUGGCAAGAAAGGGUCUUUGUUUUAAUUGCGCAACGAAACCCCAUCGCGCUGCUGAUUGUACAAGUAAAUCUGCCUGCAGCCAAUGCGGCAAACGUCAUCACUCAUCCAUUUGUGAUCAAGCUAAACAUGCGUCCGGUGAUAAGAAGUUGAUGACAGAUGGUGGCAGUGGUGAGGGCAUAUUUCCUAUAGUUGUGAUUAAAGUAAAUGGUUUAACAUGUCGCGCGUUGAUAGACUCUGGCGCCGGGAGCUCUUAUGCCUCAGCUCAAUUAAUUAGUGCACUUGUCAUCAAGCCGAGUGAAAUUAAAGAUCAACAAAUUGAUAUGCUCUUGACAUCACGCAAAGCAAAGGUCGAGCAAUAUGACGCAACCAUCACUUCCUACGACGGAAGACACGAAAUGAUGACGAGAUUAAACAAGGUCGAUAAGAGCGAGCUCUUGUUCAUUGAAAACCCUGAGUACGAGAAGUUGAUAAAGCGUUAUCAACACCUCAACGCGGUACAUAUCGACGAUCACGACACGAAAAGUCAACUACCUAUUCACGUCAUCCUCGGAAGCG